CCGCGGCUCUUCCACUAACAACAUGGACGAAGAUGGAGGAACAGCAACACGUAUUCAACGACCUGCGAGAAGUCGAGUCUUUUAUAGAACAAAACGAAGCCGCCACCAUGACUAAGUUUGUGGUGUACGGGACACAUGCUUCGUUUUUUGAUAAUAGCUUUGCUAAUCCAACAUGCAGUGUGGCAACCGACGUCCAACACCCGUGUGUUCUGGGAGUGGAGUAGGGGAGAGGGCACCCCGACCAUCGCCUUCACCGGCACCCCGUUCAUGUUCAUCGGGACGAAGGAGAUGGGAUGUCAUCUGGGGAGAGACAUCUCCGAGAGCAAGAAGCGGAAGGAUAAACCCGACUUGUUGAAUGAUAACGCCGGUACCAGGAAACGAAGAAAGCGUAAGAGUGUGCAAGAUUGCAAAAAAAUCGGCUGUCCUGCAAUUCUGACCGUCACCAGAAUCGCAGCUUUCCCCCAGUUCAAGAUUGUGGACAAUAAGGACCGGACAAAGCGGGCGGCUUCAGCCCGGCUGAAACAGGCCCUGCAGAGAGACCCCGUGAUCUGGGAGAACGUUUACAUCAUCAAGACUCCGUCGCCAAGCGCCCACACGGGCCACGCCGUCAACGGGGAGCUCAUAUGGUCCAGGAAGACGUUUGUGAGGAAGGAAUGUUCUGAUCUCCUGAAACACCUCACGGAGAAGGUGCAUCUGGUGGAGGAGCAGAGGGGGCUGGAGCACAUCAAGAAGAAGCUGCUGGAUCUCAUGGACGACGUUCAGCCCAUGAUUCCACUCGAAGCUCGGAUUCCUCUGAGUGACGUUUGUGAGGGAGAGAAACGACUCAAAGGCUCGUCCUCCAAAGCAAAGACUGUGGGCGGCCUGAACACGAACUCAGUCAACUGUGGAAGCACUGAGGUCCACCUGCAGGGUAAAUGUCAAAUGGAAAGCACCAAUCCAGCCUGAACGAAGGACCAGCCAAUAGCCAUACCAGCAGCCUGGCUGCCCCUGCUGGCCUGCGACCCAAACACCAACAACUAAAUCUAGAUCAUGAUCAGUGACACAUUAGGAAUAUCAAAUAUUGUACUUAUUUUAUCUGACUCAACUUAAUUUGUCAAUGAGGCAAAUUCAUUUUUUAUUUGUGUAUCCUAUAGACCGAGGAGGGACACAUUCCUGCCUCCCAACAUGGUUGGUUCAUGUUCUGAUUAUGUUUGAUGGAGGUGAAUCUAGUUGACGUCCUCCAUUUGAAUUCCACUCCCGGAGGUUUUCCUCAACAGCCGUUCUAGCCACUGUUCCAAUACAGUCAAUUUGGGAUUAGCCAUCGUAUGGCCCUGCGACUGAAGAUGCCUGGCUGAAUUAUUUAAUUUCAUUAGUGAAGGUCUAAAGGGUUGACUCAUUUCACACAGUAUUCCACCCGCUUGACCACUGCUAGACUUCCGCUCCAAGUUUAAGUGAAGCAAUAGAAGAAAAUAAUUUGAACGGAGCCACUGAGCUGAACAAUGCAUAGUAUAGCUUAUUGGGGAAAUGAUUGUGCUGUGUCAAAACAUCUCCCGUACUGCCAUUAUGCUGUAACAGUAAUAAAUUAGUUAUGUUCUUUGCACAUAAGUCCCCCUUCA